GGAAGAUAGUUGUACAUGACACAAAGCGGAUAUGAUUUCAAGAAUAUCCCUUCAUUUUACGACUAAGAAGAUCACACAGCUCGUCGUCCUUGUACGGCACAUAUAGUUUAUGUAAGCGGUUGUACACACGUGAUGACGUUUGGAUCUAAACCUUUCAGGUUACCAUUCCCAUGCACGUCCCUCUUUUACCAACUUCAUCACAUCCAUGUAGCACAACGCCUCAGCGUUCUCGGACUUCCAUCGUGCUAGGCAUCUCAUGUCGGCCUGCUGUGCUACACAAUGGCGGAUUCCACUUUCUUGACCGGCUUGUCGUACGUCUUUGGCUGGACGUACUUCACCUGCUGGUCUCUCUCGUUCUAUCCCCAAUCAAUCCUCAACUUCUCGCGCAAGUCAACGUCGGGAACCACUAUAGACUUUCCUCUCAUCAACUCGCUAGGUUUCUUCGCCUACACCGUCUCCAACAUCGCCUUCGUCUAUUCCCCCUUAAUCCGCGCCCAGUACGCAGCCCGCUACAAGGGCUUGACGCCGACCGUCCAGUUCAACGACAUCACCUUUGCCUUCCACGGCCUCAUUCUCUGCUUCGUCACCGUCAGCCAGUACCUCUUCCCUCGCGCGUGGGGCUUCGCCCCGAGCCUCGGCAGCCGUCCCAGCCGCUUUAUCCUCGGAACCUUUUUCGGCUGCGUAGCGGGCGCUCUCAUCAUCAUUCUCCGGGUGUGGGCGUCGCCGGUCCGCAACGAUACAAGCGGCGCGCCGGUGACGGAGGGCGGCUGGGUCUGGCUAGACGCCAUCUACGCCGUCUCGUACGUCAAGCUCGUCGUUACCUUAAUCAAGUACACGCCGCAGGUUAUUGUUAAUUAUCGCAACCGGUCGACCGAGGGGUGGAGCAUCCUGCAGAUUCUGUUGGAUUUUGGCGGCGGGAUUUUGAGUAUUGCGCAGCAGGCGAUCGAUAGCUACCAGCAGGGGGACUGGUCGGGUAUUACGGGCAAUCCGGUCAAGUUCGCGCUGGGGAACGUGUCGAUGAUUUACGACUUGGUGUUUAUUGUGCAGCAUUAUGUGCUUUAUCGUCAUGCGGCGGGAGCGAAGGCGGAUGGUGAGGGGGAUUCUGAUUCGGACCCCUUGCUGAGCGAGGAUGUGAGGGUGGGUGAUGAGGAGAGGCGGAUUCAGUGAGGGAUGACUACCUACGCGGCUCUCUUAUACACACCUCCAUAUUAUGUCCAGUCCAGCGCGCUCGAUGACGAGUGUUGAGAUGGCCUUCUCGUUGGAGGUUUUUUCUCUGCCUUGUCGAGCGUCCACCGUCGCAUCUCCUACUAACUUCGGCGGCGGGUUUCUUUUCUUCCGGAGGACCCGGGAUCUGUUGGUUUCGAUGCAGUGUCAUACAUCUUCUUUGCAUCUGCAAGGAACUUCCGGACGCAAUUCGGAGAUAUUUCCUUUGACCUUCAUCCAAGACAGGUGGGAAAGGAAACAGCUAGAAAAUCCAAGUCGAUAACUCCGACGCAUCAAAGUCGAGUGAUCUGGCAAGUUCUAACGUCUUUG